AUGGUUUCUGAAGAGUCAACAAAGCAUCCUCUUGUCUUCGCUUAUUAUGUGACUGGCCAUGGUUUUGGCCAUGCCACCCGUGUUGUUGAGGUUGCUCGACAUCUCAUCCUGGCCGGACACAAUGUUCAUGUGGUCACUGGUGCACCAGAUUACGUUUUUACAACUGAAAUACAGUCUCCUCGUCUUUUCAUCCGCAAGGUACUCUUAGACUGUGGCGCAAUUCAAGCAGAUGCAUUGACAGUUGAUCGCCUUGCUUCUCUGGAGAAGUAUUCCGAGACAGCCGUAGUUCCUCGUGAUUCUAUUUUGGCGAAGGAAGUGGAGUGGCUGAAAUCCAUCAAGGCGGAUUUAGUGAUUGCAGAGGAUUACUCUCAUUGUGAAUUUCUUAUCCGCCUCCCUGGAUACUGCCCAAUGCCUGCAUUCAGGGAUUCAAUUGAUGUGCCUUUGGUAGUGAGGAGAUUGCACAAGUCCCGUGAGGAGGUGAGGAAAGAACUUGGAAUUGGAGAGGAUGUGAACAUUGUUAUUCUCAACUUUGGCGGACAGCCGUCCGGCUGGACAUUAAAGGAAGAGUACCUGCCUCCUGGUUGGCUUUGCCUGGUUUGUGGUUCUUCCGAUAAUCAGGACCUUCCUCCAAAUUUUGUAAAGCUAGCAAAAGAUGCGUAUACUCCUGAUCUGAUUGCUGCAUCUGAUUGCAUGCUUGGAAAAAUUGGAUAUGGAACAGUUAGUGAGGCCUUGGCAUACAAGGUACCAUUUGUCUUUGUGCGUAGAGACUACUUCAAUGAAGAACCAUUUCUGAGAAACAUGCUUGAGUUCUAUCAGGGUGGUGUUGAGAUGAUUAGGCGGGAUUUACUCACUGGACAUUGGAGUCCAUAUCUUGAACGUGCAGUUAGUCUGAAACCAUGCUAUGAAGGGGGCACUAAUGGUGGAGCGGUUGCAGCUCAAAUAUUGAUGGAUACAGGCUCUGGAAAAAACUAUACAUCAGAUAAGCUUAGCGGUGCAAGGAGAUUGCGUGAUGCCAUCAUUCUUGGGUAUGAAUUGCAAAGAGUUCCUGGAAAAGAUCUCUGCAUUCCAGAAUGGUAUGCAAAUGCGGAAAAUGAACUUGGUCUUCGUACAGGAUCACCUACUGCUGAAAUGAGUGAUGAUAGUUUUGCCAUGCCUUCAUAUCCUGAAGACUUUGAGAUUCUUCAUGGAGAACUUCUGGGUCUACCUGAUACUGCGAAUUUCUUGAAGAGCUUGUCAGAAUUCGAGGUUGUUUCCGAUUAUGGAAAGAAUACUGAGAAGCGCCAGAUGAGGGAGCGAAAAGCUGCUGCUAAUCUCUUUAAUUGGGAGGAAGACAUUUUUGUGGCAAGAGCACCUGGAAGGUUAGAUGUCAUGGGUGGAAUUGCAGACUACUCUGGAAGUCUUGUAUUGCAGAUGCCAAUUAGAGAAGCUUGCCAUGUUGCUGUGCAAAAGAUUAAUCCAACUAAACAAAGACUGUGGAAGCAUGCUCAGGCUCGACAUAGUUCUAAAGGACCAGAGCAAACCCCUGUUCUUCAAAUUGUAUCAUACGGGUCAGAGUUGAGUAAUCGUGGGCCAACCUUUGAUAUGGAUCUAUCAGAUUUCAUGGAUGGUGAGCAACCAUUGUCAUAUGAAAAGGCCAGAAAUUACUUUGACCGAGAUCCAUCCCAAAGAUGGGCUGCUUAUGUUGCGGGAACAAUUCUGGUUCUGAUGAAAGAACUGGGCAUCCGCUUUGAGGAUAGUAUUAGUGUUCUGGUUUCUUCUGCUGUGCCAGAAGGAAAGGGUGUCUCUUCGUCAGCAGCUGUGGAAGUAGCCACCAUGUCUGCGAUAGCUGCUGCUCAUGGACUGAAUGUCAGCCCAAGAGAGCUUGCUUUGCUAUGUCAAAAGGUGGAGAAUCAUAUAGUUGGAGCUCCAUGUGGUGUGAUGGACCAGAUGACUUCUGCAUGUGGUGAAGCUAAUAAACUUCUUGCGAUGGUUUGCCAGCCUGCUGAAGUAUUGGGUCUGGUGGACAUUCCUAAUCAUAUAAGGUUUUGGGGAAUCGAUUCAGGGAUCCGGCACAGUGUUGGUGGUGGAGAUUAUGGGUCUGUGAGGAUUGGAGCCUUUAUGGGUCGGAAGAUUGUUAAGUCCAUGGCAUCUGAACAGUUAUCCCACUCUUUGUCCACUAAUGGGAUGAUUGCUGAUGAGUUGGAAGAGGAUGCUGUUGAACUACUUGAAACUGAAGCUUCCUUGGAUUACUUGUGCAACUUGUCACCCCACAGAUAUGAAGCUCUUUAUGCAAAGCAGCUUCCUGAAACGAUGCUUGGUGAGACAUUCUUGGAGAAAUAUGCUGACCACAAUGAUCCAGUUACUGUAAUAGAUAAAAAACGAAAUUACGGAGUGAAAGCCGCCGCCAGACAUCCUAUAUAUGAGAAUUUCCGCGUCCAGGCUUUCAAAGCACUGCUAACAUCUGCAACUUCGGAUGACCAACUCAAUGCUUUAGGCGAAUUGAUUUAUCAGUGCCACUACAGCUACAGUGCAUGCGGACUUGGCUCAGACGGGACAGACAGGCUCGUUCAGCUUGUGCAACAAAUGCAGCACAGUAAAAUCUCGAGAUCUGCUGAAGGAACUUUAUAUGGUGCAAAAAUUACUGGUGGAGGAUCGGGUGGAACAGUUUGUGUCAUUGGUAAAAAUUGCUUACGAAGCAGCCAGCAAAUUCUUGAGCAUGGUCCUUAA